AUUCAUUUGAAGACGAGUCGUUGUUACGAACGCAUCGUUCACGCGUUUCAUUUAAUUGUGUUUGUCAGUGCUAGUGAGGAAUUUCAACUGUGGGUGUGAAAUGUCAGACGAGCUUUUUGCCUUAUGAACUGGAAGAGAAACACGAUUUGAAUGCAAACAAACAAACAAACCGACACAAAACGAAAUUAGUAAAGCUUGUUGUACAAUUUAGUUUAAUUAAGUGCGAAAACAAAGAUAUUGGGAGCAAAGAAAGUUUUCUUUUAAAACCUCGUCAAAAUAGAAAGUCUGGCAACGCGGAUUACACAAACAACGCGAGCAGCAGAGCUAACGGUGUGCAAUUGACACAGCUGACCGCUUGGGAUCAAAGGCAAGCAGGCAACCUUUGCCAUAGCGAAUAAACAACAACAACUACAAUGAUGAUGGCGAUGAGUGGUACCAGACUGAUUUUGGUCAGCUGCCUGCUUAGCGCAAUAGCCGUCGAAAUGGGCGCUGCCUCGGCCAUUCCCAUUUGGGAGUUUUUGUCGCGUAACGAAAAGAUGUCUUACUUGUACUCGACGUUCGCGCAGCUGGUUAGCGUGCACUGCAAGACGACGGUGGGCGGCGGAUUACCUGUAAAUCAGUGCAAGCACAAUUUGCUCGGCUAUGGCUAUGAGAAAUUGCAGACAUUCUCUGAUGGGCAACUGGAGGCGCUCGAUCCGUACCAGCGCGAUGCGAAUGAGCUGAUCUGGGCAUCGAUUAUGCGGGAUCAUCCCAGUGCUCAGCUGAUAACGACACGCAAGCCACAGCCAAUUCCAACGCCGCCCGCCUCCUCACUGAUCAUACUCUCACACCGGCAGCCGGCACAGAAUCCGCUCUUCGAGAGCAGCGCCGGCAGCAGCAGCGAGCAUAAGCACAAGUAUGCCAUGGAUAUGGAUAUGGCCUAUGGCUAUGGCGGGGAGCAGCCGUCUGGAGCAGCAAGUGAACUGCCCGUUGCCGCCGCCUUGACGGCUGAGCCGCCCCAAAGGUAUCUGAGUGGGCCACUGGUGAUGCGCCUGCGACCCGAUGGCACGCCCGUCGAGGAGGAUAAGCAUCGUCCACUGCCACGUGACGAUGAUCUGGAAACGUAUCGCAUGGCCAACAACAGCAACCUGCCCAGGCCAAACAGACAUCGCAAGAUCGCCACCAUCAGCGCACUCAAGCAGCAACACUUUGCGGCCAUUGCUCUGCAGCGCGAGCUGCAGCCACCGCAUCCCCAACAGGUGCGGCGACAGUUCCGCCAGGCACAGGUGAGCCCCGGCUACUACUACAGCAAGGGGCAGGCGUAAAUGUGGCAAAGCGUUUUCUCUUAAACAUGUACUAGAUCGUAGCUAAUCCUAAGACAUAAUAUGAUUGAGUGUGUCCGGGUGUCUGAAAGAGUUAUGAAUGUGAUAUAUAUAUUAUAUACGAGGGUGGUCCAAAAAAUCGUUCACCUUAAUACGAAGA